AUGUCUAGUCAGCGUCUUGUCCUAGGCCUCCCACGUGUCUUGCCGUCGCUGCCGCCUUCGCUUGCGCCGCCGUGUGGUCCCUGCGUCGAGGGUCGGCUGCGCGCCGCCCCUCACUCCUCCUCCCUUCGUCCGGCCACCGAGCCUUUUGAGACGCUUCACUUGGACGUCUGGGGCCCCGCCCCUCGUCUAGGCCCUGAGCGUGAGCGCUACUUUCUGGUGGUCGUUGACGACUUCUCCCGCUACACCACAGUGUUCCCUCUGGCGAAGAAGUCUGAGGUGACUUCUACGCUGAUCAGGUACGCCGCGCACCAGCUGAACCUCUGGCCACGUGUCUCUCGACCAGAGGUUUCACCGACCACACAAGCAACAGCUGGGAACGCGUGCCAGCAGCUCUUCACCCCUCUUCUCAAAGUCGUCGGAGCUGGCGGUGCAAGGCCCGCGCAAGGCGGAGCGGAGCUCGUCGUUCGUGGCAGUGCGGUCGGCAUCACAUCGCGGCAGCUGCUGCCGGGGCUGCGCGAGGUGCUGCGCGAGGUGCUGCGCGAGAUGCUCACGCACGACAAGGUCCUCGAGAACCUAGCUGCACCCAUCCGCACCAAUGCCAACCGCACUGCCCUGCAGGUCACCCCCAAUGGCUGCCUGGGAGGGACAGGGGGAUGGGGAGUGGGGGAUGGGGGGAGGCUUGGGUGGGGUUGGGUGGAGUGGGGUGGGAGGUUGGAACCGAAACUGUCUGUGCAAACUCGCCUUUGGCUUCUGCCUCCCCUUCCCACGCCCGCCUUCUAA